CGUAAUACUUAUAAUGCUAGUGAAUUUGUCGGACGCGACUCUCUUGACUCAGUGUACCGCCGGAGGCCACAGAGUCGACACCGGCCGGCGCCGUAUUUUGCGCACUAUUCGAGACACGCGUCGCUCACGGCCUUCAAAUACUCCAUAAUGAAGCCCGGCGUAUUAAUUGCUACCAUAUUGUCAUUACUAGUGCUAACAGACUACGCCUACAGUCUCAAUAUCCUUGGAAUAUUUCCGUACCAAGGCAAAAGUCACUUCAUCGUGUUCCGUGUCUAUUUACGUGAACUCGCAAGAAGAGGUCACAAUGUGACCGUUAUUUCUCACUUUCCUGAACAAGAUCCACCGGCGAACUAUCAUGACAUAAGUUUGGCUGGAAGUACGGAGGCCAUAGAAGGCGCGGGACCCUUCCAGAGUUCAUAUCUCGUUCUGUUGGGUGUCAGCUGGUUCCUUGCUCAUACUGGAGUUCAAAACUGUGACACAAUGUUAGCAAGCGACCGAGUCCAAAGUUUAAUCAAAGAAAAACCAAAGUUUGAUGUGAUUGUUGUGGAGCAGUUUAAUAGUGAUUGUGCUCUUGGCGUCGCCCACAAGUUUGGUGCGCCGGUUGUUGGUAUAAUGUCCCACAUACUAAUGCCCUAUCACUAUCAAAGACUGGGUAUCCCUUACAACCCAGCUUAUGUACCCUUCCAUUUCCUGGAAGGUGGAACUAAACCUACUCUAUAUCAGAGAGUAGAAAGAACCAUAUUCGACUGUUAUUUCAGGACACUGUUUAAAUAUUAUACUCAGAGAAAUAAUCAAAACAGUCUUGCUAAGUACUUCGAUGACAUCCCACCCUUAGAUGAUUUAGCUCGAAAUAUGAAGUUCCUUCUUUUGUACCAUAACUUUGUACUCACUGGAUCAAGGUUAUUCCCUUCUAAUGUAAUAGAAGUUGGAGGUUUCCAUGUUGUUGAUGCAAAACCUUUAACCGGCGAUCUCAAGAAGUUCGUCGAUGAAGCAGAGCAUGGUGUGAUCUACAUCAGUUUUGGUUCAGUAGUGAGGGCAUCAACGAUGCCGGCAGACAAAGUACAGGAGGUACUCAAUGUUAUGAAACAACUACCACAACGAUUCAUUUGGAAAUGGGAAGAUAAGACUUUGCUAGUGGACAAAAACAAACUGUACACCAACAAUUGGCUUCCUCAAGUCGAUAUUCUGGCUCAUCCAAAGACGUUGGCAUUUUUGUCUCAUGCUGGCAAUGGUGGUACGACAGAAGCUAUACAUUAUGGAGUACCAAUGGUAGCAAUGCCGAUAGUUGGAGACCAACCUGCAAACGCCGCAGCUAUAGAAGAAAGUGGUCUUGGAGUCCAGUUACAAGUUAGAGACUUGAAUGAAGAAAACCUAUUGAAUGCUUUCAAGAAGGUUUUGGAUCCCAAAUUCAGGCAGAGAGCGAAAGAAGUAUCCAAGGCGUGGCAUGAUCGUCCUCUCUCCCCAAUGGAUACCGCUAUAUACUGGACAGAAUUUGCUGCCAAACAUCCCAACUUCACAUUCAGAACUGCAGCUGCAGACGUACCAUUUUACCAGUACAUUAAUCUAGACGUAGCUGCCGUCCUCAUCACGAUAUUCAUCCUAAAUAUUGUGGUAUUGAGAAUAGUUAUAAAUAAAUGUAGAUCAAAGAAGCAGAAAGUUGUUACCAAGACUGAAAAGAAAAAGGCGAAGCGAACGUAAUCGCAGGCGAUCAUGAAGAAGUAUUAGAUUUAGCAUUUUAAUUUAUAAAUAGCACUAACAUGAAGUUACCAGCAUUUCAAAAUAAAAUCAGAAUAUUGAUUAAACAAAUGUACUCAUCCAUGAGUAUGAUUCUAAAAAAUACAAACCGAUUAAAUCUCCUUUCCAAUGGAAAGAAAAUAUUUGUAUGGUCUAUUUAUUUAUUAUUUACAUUCAUAAGUUGAGUAUUGUCCAGAAAAGUUAAUAAAACAGCUUAUUUGAUAUUUC